AUGUGGGCGCUAAAGAAGUUGAAUUUGGAUUGGGGCGCCGCAUCGAGUCAAAGAGUGAAUUACAUUAAUGAGCUUGAUGAGUUUCGCCUAAAAGCAUAUAAAAGUUCAACCUUGUACAAGGACAAGAUUAAGAAGUAUCACGAUCAAAAGAUUAAAAAGCGUGAGUUUGUUGUGGGUCAUUUGGUGCUUUUAUUCAACUCAAAGUUGCGCUUGUUUCCUGGCAAGCUCAAGUCCAGGUGGAUUGGGCCAUUCAGAGUCACUCAAGUAUUUCCAGAUAGAGUGGUCGAGCUCGAGAACAAGGAGGGAGGAUGGUUCAAAGUGAACGGGCAAAGAAUCAAGGUCUACAUGGGGAAGUCAGAGAGUGUACAAGAAGUGAUAGAGGCCUACUAUCUUGAUGAAAUCUAA